CGUUUCCAGGUCAGCUCAAACAUGGAGAGGAGAGCAGAGAGACAAAGAGUGAGUGAAAGGGAUCUGGUGGAGGACAAAGGCUCGGUGGACAGGCAGUGGGGGGAAGCAGAGGUGCUGGCUCUGAUAUCAGUGUGGGACGAGGUUGGAGCUCAGCACGUAGCAGAGAGCAGAACCACGUUUGAGCUGAUCUCAGAGCGUCUGAGGCGGCUCAGCGUUGUGCGCAGCUGGAGGGAGUGUCAAGCCAAAUGCAGGAGCCUGGGACUUCAAAGCAGGAAGCCUGACGCAGCAGCAGCAAACUACAGCCCAGGAAUGGAUGGAAGGCCAGCGGAGGGUUGGGAGGAAGAGGUGGCAGACGUGUGUAAUCAAAGAGCAACGAGGAGUCAAAUCCAUACAUACAAUCCAAAUGUGGCUGAAGAAGGCGGCCGCCACUGGACAGAUGAUGAGGUACGAGCGCUGUUGUGCAUCUGGGCUGACCGCCAUAUCCGGGAACGGUUAAAGUGCACGCUACGCAACAAGUCCAUUUUCCAAGAGAUGGCUCGACAGAUGCAGAAAACCUUUGGGGUGGUGCGCAACUGGAAGCAAUGUCGAACGAAAUACAAGAACUUGAAGUAUGACUACAAGACCGCUAAAAGUGCUCAUGCUGCUGGAGGCAGCAGCUCAGGAGGCCCGGGUAAGUAUAUGAAGUUUUUUGAUGAAGUGGAGGCCAUUUUGCUGGAUCACGGGCUGGAAAAUGGAACUUUGGAAAUGCAGAAGAGGUUGUAUGAGGGAGAAGCCGCAGCAGCGAAGCAACAAACACCAGCAGGCCCCACAGGACAGACGGUGGCCUCAGACAGUGAGGUUGUCAUUGAAAUUGAUGAUGAUGAAAUCAGUGACGAUUAUGACAUUGAUGGAGACCUGGAAGCAAAAUGGAGAAGCACAGAUGCCCAUCUAACCCUCACAGAUUCAUCCAGCUCUGACCAGUACCAUGUGGUCACCGUGUCGGACACGGGUCGAAACUGGAGUGACCAAGAGGUGCGAGCGCUGAUUCAAGUCUGGUCCGAUGAGCGCAUAUGCAGGCAGCUGGAGAGCUCGACCAGAAAGAGGGACAUCUUCGUCCAGAUCUCCAACCGCUUAAUGCAACAAGGCAUUGAACGUGACUGGAAACAGUGCCACACCAAGUACAAAAACCUAAAGUACCUCUACCGGUCCCUUCAAAGAGGUAAGGUUGAUGAAGCCGACCCCAGACGGAUCAUGAGGUUCUACGAUGAAGUGGAGGCCAUCAUGAAUCACACUACUAACGUCUCAACUCAUGACAUGGAAGCCUCUGACUCUACAGAUUUAGGCACAUCGACAAUGUUGGAGGGUUGCGAAGAGAACAGUAAUAUAGAUGUCUAUUUGCCAAAAACAAACACAGUUACUGCAGCGGUGGAAGCAAAAGAGGAAAGAACUUCUGGUUCUGUCUCAGUCGUCACCCAUGAUGUAGCAUCAAACACUGAAGAGGAAAAGCGGGAGCCUAAAGUCGUUCAACACCACAGCCUGCUAAAUGCCUCUGAAUCUAGGGCAGGCACACAGGAUUCACCAAAAAGAGGAACGAAGAGGAAAGCUGUGGAUCAAGACCCUGUGAACCACACACCAGCAAAAAAACUGGACACUGGAAUAAACUUUGCUGAAGCUGCGAUGACUCAGUGCAAAGAGGAGCAGGAUCACAUCCCGAUAAUAAAGAUCAAAUCAGUCUGUUCAAUGGCCUCCUCCAUUACACCCCCCAAGAGCCAGGACGUUUCUGGACCGAGCAGCACCAUGGCCUCCACUGCUGAGCUGAACGUCGGCCAGAAACUCAAUGAAGGGAAGACGAAGCAGAUUUUUGAGCUCCCGGACCAGCCCGGACUGGUUCUGGUCCAGUCCAAAGACCAGAUUACAGCUGGCAACGCCGUGAGGAAGGAUCAAAUGGAAGGCAAGGCUGCAAUCGCCAACAAAACGACGAGCUGCGUGUUCAAGCUGUUGCAGGAAUCUGGAAUUAAGACUGCCUUUGUGAAGCAGCACUCGGAAACGGCGUUCAUUGCAGCCCACUGUGAGAUGAUUCCCAUUGAGUGGGUGUGUCGGAGGGUGGCGACCGGGUCCUUCCUCAAGAGGAAUCCAGGAGUCAAAGAAGGCUUCCGCUUUUCUCCCCUGAAGAUGGAGAUGUUCUUCAAAGAUGAUGCCAACAAUGAUCCUCAGUGGUCAGAGGAGCAGCUGCUGGAGACCAAAUUCUGUCUGGCUGGGCUCACUAUUGGCCAGUGUGAGGUGGACAUCAUGAAUCGCAGCACGGUGGCCAUCUUCGAGAUUCUGGAGAAGGCUUGGGCCACUCAGAACUGCACGCUGGUGGAUAUGAAGAUCGAAUUUGGUGUAAAUGUGAAAACUCAAGAGAUUGUCCUUGCUGAUGUGAUCGACAAUGAUUCGUGGAGGCUGUGGCCAGCUGGAGAUCGCAGCCAGCAAAAAGAUAAACAGGUGUACAGAGACCUGAAAGAAGUUACCCCAGAGGCAAUGCAGAUGGUGAAGAGAAACUUUGAAUGGGUCUCUGAAAGGGUCCAGCUGCUGCUGGAGCCCCAGGCCAGUGGGAGGGUGGUGGUUCUGAUGGGCUCCACCUCAGACAUGGCUCACUGUGAGAAAAUCAGAAAGGCCUGCACCACCUACGGGAUUUCCUGCAUCCUUAGAGUCACCUCGGCACACAAGGGUCCAGAUGAGACUCUGCGCAUCAAAGCAGAAUAUGAAGGUGAUGGCACCCCCACUGUGUUUGUGGCUGUAGCUGGCAGGAGUAACGGUCUUGGUCCGGUCAUGUCUGGAAACACUGCUUAUCCUGUUAUCAACUGUCCUCCUCUCACACCAGACUGGGGAGCACAAGAUGUGUGGUCAUCCCUCCGCAUGCCAAGCGGCCUUGGCUGCUCCACAAUCCUUUCCCCUGAAGCUGCUGCUCAGUUUGCAGCGCAGAUCUUCGGCCUGACUGACCACCUCGUGUGGUGCAAACUGAGGGCCUCCAUGCUCAACACCUGGGUGUCUCUCAAGCUGGCUGACAAGAAGUUACAGGCCUGCACUAUCUGAAAUGGUUAAAGACCCGUUGGAGACCAAUGUGUCCCACUUUGUGUCAUGUCUUUGUUUACUAUGAAAUACCCAAUAACUGUAGAUGUUUCUCACGCACAAAUCAUUCCAUUAAAAGAGACAAAUAAUGAAAA